CGUGCUCCAGAUAAACAAAGCAACAAUCAGCUGAUCGCGGAACGCUUACUUUUGCCUUCGGUUUCUCUGGUUUAGUCUCUAAUAUUAAAACGAGCCGUGGACAUCGUCUUCACAGGUGCUGAAGGUUAAGCGGCUCAUAACCAGACAAAAGAAACACAGACAUGGCCCCAACUCUGUAUGAUGAGAAACUAGAGCCUGGGGACCUGAUUGAGAUCUCCAGAGGAGCCUAUCAUCACUGGGCCGUGUAUGUAGGCGACGGCUUUAUAGUCCACUUGGCACCACCAUCAGAGGUCCCGGGUGCGGGUGCCAACCGCUUGAUGUCCGUUGUAGCUGACAAGGCCGUGGUGAGUAAAGAUGAGCUGUGGUCAGUGGUGGGAGACAGCGAGUGGAAAAUCAACAACUCCCUGGACAAGGAGUACGAACCCCGCCGGCCUGACGACAUUGUGAGGGAGGCCUGUGCGAUGGUGGGACACGUGCUGCCGUACUGCGUCUUCAGUCAGAACUGUGAGCACGUGGCAAACGAGCUGCGCUACGGAAAGGCCGAGUCCCGUCAGGUGCAUAAGGCCGGACAAGCGGUCUUGUUGGCCGGUGCUGCGACAGCGAUGCUUCUGGGUGUCGCGUAUCUGUUCAGCGGCAGCAAAAAAGAAAACAAGAACAACCAGUGAUGGAAGUCGCCGGUCGCCUGUUCAGCAACAGUCUAACUUUUACUCAUUAAGAACACUAUCAGAAAACGCAGCCUCUUUUUAAUCUGUUACUUAGACGGUGUAAUCUGCAUCUUGCUUUUUUACCUGCAUGUGACCCUCAAGCCUUCUUUGGUUUGAUCGACAAUACAAAGCUGGUUGGUUGAAGAUCAAAGCUCUGUAUUUAUCAGACAUCUUUCAUUUGCACAUACUGCACAUAUGAGCACAACGAACACAUUUGGAUUAAUAAAGCGGCCAAGAGGAGAUGUGUUCAAAUGUUAUAAUUUGAACUGAAGAUUUUGAGAAUUAAUUGAUAUUCUCGGUAUUGUGAAGGUUGUGAUGGGUUGAGGGCAGCUCCUUUCUACCCAAAAAACUACAGAUGAAGAAAUAUUAUAACCUACUUGAGUCAAACCUAUUGACAAGGCUAUUUAUACAUAUUCAAAAUAAUAUAAUGUAUUAAUAUUGUGGCGUUAAUAAAGGAAAGCUCUGUAACUCA